UGUGGAUUCCUUUCCCUCUCUUUUCUCUCUCCUCUUCUCCUCUCUUUUGUCCUGUAUCUCGCUCUCUUCUUCGCCUGCUGCUGGCUGAAGGAUCUCUACGUGCCCCCAUGCAGGAGGGAUGCUUAGGGGUAGCGUGAAAGGACGAGAGCCUGGCGUCAAGACCGAACCGAAAGCCGAGGGCACUAGGACCUACACGCCGGCAGAGGGCAAGGGCGCUGGUACAGCCACCGAUAUGGCUGCCAAGAGGGGUAAAUCCGGGGUGCCAACCAGCGGGGUGCCCCGUAGCGAGCUGAAGGUGUACCGGGUGGGCAGCACCGACGGGCGCCUCCCUGUGAACACCAACCUGCGCAAGCAGCGCUCGCUCACCAACCUGGCGGUGCUCACCGACGCCGAGAAGAAGAUGCAGCUGUAUGAGCCCAAGUGGUGCGACGACAUGGGCAGACCGGGCGCCGGCGGGCACCUCAGAGCAGGCAAACCCAGAGCGGCAGGCGUAGGGGGAGUGGGAGGCGGAGCGGGCGGCGGCGGUACCCAGCUUUCGCGGAACCUCUCCAAGUCGGAGCACUCGCUCUUCCAGAGCAAGCCCAAACCCUUCAGCGCGCUGGCGGCACCCACCGCGCCGGGCAAGGGGCAGAGCCGCAUCCCCCGCGGGCCCUACGCCGAGGUCAAGCCCCUCAGCAAGGCCUGCGAGGAGUCAGGCAAGUCUGACGACGACAUCCUCUCCGCCAAGGCCAAGGCCGCCGCUGCGGCGGGUGCCAAGAAGGGCGCGGCCGUCGCCCCCGGCGACACAGAGGGCAAAGGUCAGGCAGGUCAGCCCUUCCUCAAGGUGGACCCGGAGCUGGUGGUCACGGUGCUGGGAGAUCUGGAGCAGCUGCUCUUCAGUCAGAUGUUGGAUCCGGAGUCCCAGAGGAAGCGGACCGUUCAGAAUGUUCUGGACCUCAGGCAGAACCUGGAGGACACCAUGUCCAGUCUGCGUGGGACUCAACUCAGCCACAGCUGUCUGGAGAGCAGCGUGUGUUACGACAGUGACGACACCAACGCCCGCAGCCUGUCCAGCCUGUCCAACCGCUCGUCCCCGCUGUCCUGGCGUCACGGUCAGUCCAGCCCGCGGCUCCAGGCCGGGGACGCGCCGUCCUCCACGGGCGGAGGGGGCGGGGGGUACCCCGGGGGCAGCGGAGGCGGCGGGGGCGGGCGCAGCCAGUACACGUCCCACACCAUGCCCACCCGCUGCACCAGCCGCCUCAGCCACUCCUCGCAGGUGGAGCUCAUAGAGGACCUCAAGUCGGGCUACCUGAGCGACAGCGACCUGGUCGGCAAGGGCCUGAACGACGACGACGAUGACGACGACAACCUGGCCAACGGGUGAGAGCACGGUCACAUUCACUAGUUAGAGAUACAUGAACAAACAAACAGACAAAUGUUUGAUGGUUUCACUUCAGUAAAUGGAAAAAAGACGACAUUCAGGGAUGUGCAGUGAAAUGAGUCACCUUUGACCUUGUGGAUAAAUGUGAGGCCUCAGUAAGACAUUCACAAACAGGUGAGUAUGUGAAGUAGCUCCAUGCUACAAUGUCUCAGUCCACACAAACCACAGCACAAGAGGGAGAUGCUCACCUGCGUUCAGGGAAAAAAGACA